CAAACAUUUCAUUUUGUAUAGUAUACUGUGUGGAAGCAGACGGCAGACGAGGGAAGUAAACUGCCGGGGAGUUCACUGCCACUUUGUGACGUUGCAGCAACCGAACAGAACGCGUAUCGAACAAAGAUAUUCGACCGCGCCCUUGAUUUCCGUUGCGUCAUCGAAGUCGUCCCGUUCCAAGCCGCCACAGCGCCAAUCGCAGGAGGGGCACAUGUACCCCGUUAUCGCCGGCGCGCAAGAAGGAAGCGCGGAAACAUGCACGCUUGCCGCCACGGAGGAACGCGCAUGCGCGCAGCAGUCGGUCUCGACGACAGGGUUGCGACGCCAGAAGGCAAGGAGGGCCGUUUCGCCAUAUUUCGCCACGAGUUAGUGUAUGUGACAACGCAACAAGCUCAGUGUAUAUGCACCAGCGGAUGUGAAAUCGGCGGUAGAUGUAUGGAACGGCUGUCGCCGACGAUGACGAAGCACCCGCCGCGUUAUAAGCUCGGUAUAAGAAGCCACCGCGCUCUUGUGCGAGCGUGGCAUUCGUGCUUGAAGACACCGCCAUGCCGGAUCACGGACGAGGACGGGUGCACCGUUUUCGCGACCACGUCGUCGCCGGCGUCAACUGGCGACCGACGCGGUUCGCCGACGAGGUUCCCAGUUCACGUGUGUGCGGCCUCUGCCGCAUGAUCCCAAAACGGACGGUGCUGUUGCCGUGCGGUCACGCUUUGUGCCAAUCUUGCCACGCAGCCAGCCUCGAAGGCGGCUUUCAGCAGUGUCCAUUGGAUCAAGUGCAAUUCGAGAAAGCGGAAUGCGUGGGUUGUGAAUUCCCUAGCAGAACAGCGAACACCGUGAAGGUGUACUGCUGGAACGAAGCUCACGGCUGCGAGUACACGGCCACCGUGGACCGCUUGCUGGAGCACUACGAGAACGAAUGCACAUUUCACACAACGGAAUGUUGGCGAUGCGGCGAGGGAGUCCAGCACAGAGAACUGCCAAGGCACUACCUGAACGGAUGCAGGGCCGGUGUUUCUUCAGCGAUCACAGAGUCCUCGGAGCAUACAGCACUCACCCUUGCAGACAUGAAUGCGAUGUUGGGAUGUCUCAACCAGGACCAGCUGCUGCCAGUGAUUCAGAGUCAGCUGAAUGAGCUCACAGAACAAGCCAGAAAACAGGAAGCCAGGUUCGCCGAGAUUACUCGGGAGGUCAGAGCAUGCGAGCACAACCUAAAGGCCGAGAUGGAACAAAUCACCGCCACGAUUUCAUCGACCGUGGCGCACCAGCGGACAUGUCAGCAAAAUCCAUCGGAAGAAGACAGCACGUCGAGGUCGCUGUCGUUGCACUCGGGACAGGAUCUGAUACUUCGAAAGUUGGAAGGUUUAGCGCACCUGGAAAACUGGCGGAAAACAUCCCAGAAGCCUGAUUUCGGCCGUGUCAUUGCUCGUUGUGAGACUUUCUACAGCAGACUUUCGCAUUUGACCAGUGCGCUGUCGACAAACGCGCCAAUUAAAGAAGCGCGGUUGGUCAGUUAUGUGCUGACACUGGAAAAUUGUGAGGAAAUCAUUCAGUGGCAGGGAGAAGGAAAAAAGUUUGCCGAGAUUACCAAGUGGCACACGAGGGACACGUACUUGACGAUUGCCGUCUGGAAGUACGGCACUUCUCGUGCAUCUGCCCUCUCUGUGGAGAUCGAGUUUAACGGGACGCUGGUGGACUCCAAGUGUUGGCCGCCUUUCUGGAGCGUAAUACGCAAUCAACGCUCGUUGGCUCCCGGUACCAAGCGUUGUGACUGCAAGCGCCACGAUCCCUCACUGCUACACUUCCACCUCAGAUUUAAUGCAGACAUUGCCUCGAUGGAAAAUGACGGCUACCUCCGAGACGGAAAGAUGGCGUUCCAUAUCUUGCUACGCAGUAAAGGUGCGGACGGUAGCAUCGGAGGAGCACCCUAACGUUCGUCAUCGCAGAAUGUGCAUUGCACGGGAGAAUCCUCCUUGCCACUUCCCAAAAUGUGUCACAUGAGCUUAGCGAAUUUUCGAUCUCCUUUCUCCUAAAUAAAGCGAGCUCUGCGACAUUUCUUUUUUUUAAAUUUGCUAUCCUUUGUAACUGUCAACCUAUUGUUUUUCUUACUCUACUGGCCGUUCAUUUUGUUUAUUUCUUGUGCUAAUACAAUCGUUGUUCCGAAA